AUGGAGAGUAAGGUAGCGUCUGCUAUCACGGCAGACACCGAAAGACCAUUAACUAUUAAUCUGGAAGGGACCACCAUUGAAACUACUGAGCAAAUAGCCAGCGCUGAAAAUACCAUUGAUUCCUCAACAGCGGCAAAUGAGGCAACAGGAAAAGUUAACGGUGAUCCAAAAAACAAAGAAGAAGAGGAUGGCUACUCGCGUGCAGAGGCUACCCGUCGUGACAUUGAGAGAGGAGUUGUGACGAUUAAUAAUAACAAUGAAAUCGUAGAUAAUCAGGAUCCUGAGUUGUUGUUACUCGAUGAAGUUUCCAAGUUUGAGCCAUUGAUCAAGCUAAAUUCAGAGACAAACAGUUUUAAUUUGGGGGGACUUUUUGGAAAUGGCACUGAAGACAGAAGCACUUCCAGCCUAUUUAAUCAUGAAUCAAUCUAUAACAUGUUAUUGAUCUACCAGGCACAUAUAAAAACAUGUGCCCAGGAAAUAUGUGAUGAGCAAAAAAUGGUUAUGAUCUCUGUUAAAUCUGUGGAGGCGUGUUGCACGGAAAUUGUUCAGUCAAUGGCUAAUUACCAGAUCCAAAAAAAGACGGUAUCUGGACAACUUACCAUUGUGAAUGGAAUGAUGAAGCAAGUCGAAAAGACUCACCAGUUGAUACACGACACAUUUCAAACACUUCAAAAACUCGAUGUUUUACUUCCAACAGAUUUAAGUUUGGAUAAUCAGUCUCAAUCAAAAUGGUCGUUGAUACGGAAGUUAUUUCAAGACGCAAAAAAGGGGCCACUAUCCAGAGACGUUUAA